AUGGGGAAAAAUGCCUUUCUCACCCCCUCUUCAGACCUCAAAGCCGCUAUUGAGGACGUUCUGCCCAGCCUGCAACAGAAAGGGAUCCGGGUUUUCUACCUGAGCGCCGAGUCCCCCACCAGUGGCGUGGAGCCUCUCCAGGGCCAGAUAGAUGCCGCCUCCGAGGAGCCGAUCCCCAUCGCUUUCCGAGCCAACGUCACCAGCAAAUCCACUGCACUUUACAUUUACACCUCGGGCACCACAGGACUCCCGAAAGCUGCCAUCAUCACCCACUUGAAGCUGUGCAACAUAGUGACCAUGUUAUACAUAAGUGGCGUCAAAGCCGAGGACGUGAUCUACACCCCUCUGCCGCUGUACCAUUCGGCUGCACUACUCGUUGGACUUGGAGGAUGCUUGGAGGUUGGAGCCACCUGCGUCUUGCGUCCCAAGUUCUCCGUCUCCCAGUUCUGGGAUGACUGCCGGCGAUACCACGUCUCUGUGAUCCAGUACGUAGGGGAGGUGAUGCGCUAUCUGUGCAACGCGCCCAAGAGGGAGAACGAACGAGAGCACAAAGUGCGGCUGGCUGUGGGUAACGGCCUGAGGGUGGAGGUCUGGAAGGAAUUCCUCCAGCGCUUUGGGCCCAUCUGCAUCUGCGAGUUCUACGGGGCCACAGAGGGGAACACUGGGUUCGUUAACUACACGGGGAAGAUUGGAGCGGUGGGAAGGGCCAACUUCAUCCAUAAGAUGCUCGCGCCCUUCGAGUUGAUCCGGUACAACGUGGAGCAGGAUGAACCCGUGCGAGAUGAGAGAGGGUGCUGCAUCCGAGUCCCCCCCGGUGAGGCAGGGCUUCUGGUGGCGAAGAUAACGAAGAGCGCCCCAUUCAACGGCUAUGCGGGCGACCGCCAGAAGUCGGAGAAGAAGAUCCUGAGGGAUGUGAUGAAGAAAGGAGACCUCUACUUCAACAGCGGAGACCUCCUCAUGGUGGACCACGAGGGCUUCGUAUAUUUCCAGGACCGGGUGGGAGACACGUUCCGCUGGAAAGGAGAGAACGUUGCCACGACGGAGGUGGAGACGACGCUGGUAGCAGUGCAGUUCAUUCAGGAAGUCAACGUCUACGGGGUGCCGGUCCCAGGACACGAAGGCAAGAUUGGAAUGGCAGCAAUACGACUGAAGGAGGGGAUGGAUUUUGAUGGUGAAAAACUCUACACACACGCCAAGGAUUUCUUGCCAAACUACGCCAUUCCUCGCUUUGUCCGCCUGCAGGACGCUCUGGAGGUCACGGGGACAUUCAAGCAGUGCAAAGGGCGGCUGGUGAAGGAGGGGUUCAAUCCAGCUCUCAUCAAGGACCCCCUGUUCUUCCUGGAUGAAUCGAAGAAACGUUUUGUGCCCAUGAGCCCUCAGAUCUACAGCUCCAUCCUGGAAAUGAAACUGAAACUCUAAGGGUCUCACUGCUGCCUUCUGUAACUAAUGUGUUAACGGUCCUGGCAAUGAAGCCAGGAUGCCCCCAAUUUGGGUUUCUCAGGAUCCAUCCAAGGAGGGGUAAUUGCCUCCAGUUCUGUUCUAAUCUGGUGAUAAUCUCGUGAUUUUGUAAUGAUGGCUUUGUGGAUAUUCUGCUCUCCGAGAAUCUUGCAGAAAAUAUAGGGUUUUUUUCGCAGGAGGAAGGGGAGGUUCUUUAAAUGUGAAUUUCACCCUUGAAACUUCUCACCCUCUGUUGUAGCUCAUAUUGAACUCUGUGAUGUGGAAAAGAUUUGUGAUUAUAGAAGUGAGAAUUUUUUUUUUGGCGGAUAGUAAAUCCCCCCUCCCCCCAAAUGCAUUUUUCGGGGCACUGAAACUAUUUGCAAAUUCCAGUCAAGCUCAUAGAAAGAUAGGGCAGGAAGGAACCUCAAGAGGUCAUCAAGUCCAGCCCUCCACGCUGAGGUAGGACCAAGUAACCCUAGAUCAUCCCUG